GGUGUCGGGCACUCAGAUGAGGACGGGGCAGUGUGAUGGUGGAAGGAAGGACCCACCACCUCCGCCAUGGUCCAGUCAAAUGAGGACGUCAUGUCGCGUCCUUCUGACUCGAGACCUUCGACUAGCGGGUCUGGUCCCUUCCUCGCCAACAGGUGGCCGGGGGGUGCCAGACCUAAAAUAUUUAACCACAGAUCCUACAGCUCGGGAUCAAGACCUUCGGUUUUGUCUCGAGCUUCGGGAUCUAUAAGGUCAGGUGUCUCGAACAAACCGGGCUCGCGGCAGGUAUCAAGAUCAAAUUCGAGAUUUGGCUCGAGGGGAUCGCUUGUUAGCGGCUCCAUUUGUACAGUUGAUGACCUCGGGUCGGCAACGUCUCGAUUAAAAAGAGAAGUUCCUUCAUUUUCUGAUAUUUGUGGGUACGAUGAAGUACAAGAACUUUUACGGGACAUCGAAGCGCUGGAAUGUCGACCCUGGACUUCUGACUGGGAAUCUUUUACGAUCCAAUCGUCUCACCCUGAUCUCGACAUGCAGCACGACAUCGAGCUUCUCUCACGAGAUUUUGAAACGCUCUCGAGAAGUGAUUCAAGGUUAUCGUGGGACUCGCAUGCGGGUCGCCAGCCUGAAGAUGAUGACAGCGAUCCUUGUGCCAGUCCCGGGGGGGAAUUUUCUUCGAGGAACUUUCCAAGGCCCGUGCCUACAAUUACGAUAGCGUGGGACGACUCCCAUCUCAAAACCUCCGUGGGCAUCUUCAGAUUACUUCUGGUGGUGCUGUCUGUGGUGACGAUGACGUGCGCGUGUACAGUCGGCACGUCACGACUGAGUUUGUUCGUGUUGCCGGGAGGGUGGAGAGUGCGGGUGAUGCUCUUCACUUCAGUCUUCACCAUCCUCACCACCACAGUCUUGUUGUUGCUACACGUCUCCUCUAUAGUUUACUCUAUGGCAAUCAGAUGGGAUAGACUGGUGACGGGCGUGUACGCGUUUUGCUGCCUGAGUUUCCUGUGUUCUUCGUCGCUGCUGCUGCACCUGCUGCACCUCUACCACACCUCCUACCAGUGGAUACCUGCAUGGACCAAACAACAGCUACUCACCACAUCAUUGUGUGGGUGCGCCAGUGGCGUCGUAUCCUUAGUACUUGCGGUCAUCAGCGGCUACGGCUGGCCGAGGUACGGCCGAGUGCUGAGCGAGAGUUCGACUGUCGAUACCAGCUCCUCUCACCAUAUGCAUACCUUCCAUCAAGUGGUAGGAGGAAGAAUGGUAGGAGAGAGUAGAGGUGGUGUUGGUUCCUCUGGUAGUUCCUUGUUACGAGGGCACAGCAGCAGCAGUGGCUUACAACAUCAAACUACGACUUUUACGCCAGACAGCUUAGAGCCUUUGCCUGGGCCUUCGAAAUCAAACUUGGCCAAUCACACUCCUGGAGGCCUGCCACACAGAAGUUAUCCGCCUGUGUGAAUCCAACUCAAACUGCCACACAGAAGUUAUCCGCCUGUGUGAAUCCAACUCAAACUGCCACACAGAAGUUAUCCGCCUGUGUGAAUCCAACUUAAGCAGCCACACAAGUUUCCCGCCUAAGUGUAUAUCAAACUUGACAAAUCACACACCUGGGGGUAUGCCACACAGAAGCUUCCCGAAUGUGUGAAUCCAAAUUUGCAAACCACGUUUCAUGAGGAGGAUACCACACUAAAGUUAACGCGGUGUGAUACGUUUGGUACGAUUAAGUUAAGUUAUCAACUUCGGUAAUUUGUGUAGCAAACUUGGAAUCGCGCAAUUCAGCACUCCCCAUCUAGCGGCUAAAUUGGUAAUGCCAGACAAACAUCAGUUACAAGACUUAUAUUGUGAUCCUUUUUUUGACUUCUCCAAGCAAUCAAAGCCGCUUCAAUAUAUUAGCUCUGCGAAAUUUCAGUACAUUACGUUUGCUUGAUUAUUAAAUACGCACGAAUUAACAAAGACAUCCAUAACUAUUUUCCCCUCAUGGGUGCGGAAUUAAUUUGAUCCCAUUCACAUUUUGCCAAAUCUUAAACGAAAUAGAACCCUAAUGCUGUGGUCUUUGAAACCCGAGCUCUCUAUUGGCUCACAGCCACAGGAAAUGAUAGGGCUAAAAUGUAUUCAUAAUGAAGAAAUUCACAUUGUUGCCUAAUAACAAUUUGUAUUUUCUUCAUUUUAAUAGAUCUUUUUCAUCCUCUACUUAUACGAUGGUUCCUGAUCUUUUCAAAAUUGAGUUUUAGCUCAAGUUUCAGUUAACCACCUAGCCAAAGUUGAAAAUCUCAGGGUGCUGCUGGUGUCAAGUUGUUACAAAACAGUUUAUCACCCAAACUCGGCCUGUGUCAAACACUGGCAAGUGACGAUUUGUCACUAGCUAGUGACAAUUUUUCACUAACCAGUGCCUAAUUUUGUGUGAACACGGUGCAGUAGUGAGCCUGUAAAGUGCUAUAUACAAACGCUGGUUUACGAGUGAUUGAAGUGAAUAGUUGGUGAAAUUGAACCAAGUUGAACGCUACUCAGCGACACUAUUGUAAAAGUGGUGUUUGAAUUGAACCAAGUGUCAUGAAGUGAUUUCGACGCACGUAGGCAAAUAUGUUGUUUAUAUUAUGCGUGCGUUUGAUAAGAAAUCUGCGAGACUGGUCGAAUUUUUCUACUACUUUAACGACAGGCUUCCAAUCAGAUAGAAAGUGUAAGCAGUCUUGUAGAACGUUAUUUAACGACCACUCUGCACAGCGAAGUUUUUUAAAUCGCUUGUAAUUUUACAACCCACGAAAAACUAUUCAUAUUCCUCACUCAAUUUUUUUGAAGCAAUAUAUCUUAUGCUAGAUUUAUCAAUACUUUAUAUAAUUA